AUGAUUUCAAUAUAUGUCGUAUUUUUGGGUAAUCCACUUUAUGAACGAGUAGCUCUGAAAGCGCUGGAUGCUAUGUGGAAACUACGUUCGCCAUUGAAUUUGGUUGGAAAUCAUAUUAAUGUGGAAACUGGGGAAUGGACGGCAACGGAUGCUGGUAUUGGUGCUGGUGUGGAUUCAUACUUUGAAUAUCUCGCAAAAGCUGCUUUACUGUUUCAGCGUCCUGAACUGAUGAAGCAGUUCAAGACAUAUGUAAAAGCAAUCAAUAAGUAUAUUCGUAAGGAUGAUUGGUUUGUAUGGAUUUCAAUGACCAGCGGGCAAUUAUCAAUGCCGAUAUUCCAGUCCUUGGAAUCAUUUUGGCCUGGUUUAUUGGCGCUGACUGGAGAUGUUGAUGAUGCGCAGCGAAUAAUUUACCAGUAUAGUCAAGUGAUACGACAAUAUGGAUUCCCACCAGAAUUUUUCAAUCUUCCAAAACAGGAAGCGGUGUCGAAGCGUGCUGGUUAUCCUCUGAGACCAGAAUUUGUCGAAAGUUUGUACUAUGUUUAUCGAGCUACAAAAGAUCCUUUGCUACUAGAGAUUGCUGCUGAAGUGGUCGACGCUAUUGAAUACAGCUGCCGCACGAAAUGUGGUUACGCUACAGUCGUAAAUGCCAAAUAUCACUCAGUUGAAGACAGGAUGGAAUCAUUUUUUCUUUCGGAAACUACAAAAUAUCUUUAUUUGCUCUUCGAUCCAGACAAUUUCAUCAAUGCUGAUGGAACCAUCGCACGUAUUGUUGAAACACCGAACGGACAAUGCAUCAUCGAUACUGGUGGCUAUAUAUUUAACACGGAAGCGCAUCCCCUCGAUCCAGCAGUCGUUUAUUGUUGCAGUGCAAAACGUAACAACGAUUUGGAAAUGAUAGCGCGAUUCGAAAAUAACAUCGAUCUUGUUGCACUUGCGGGGAUUUUUGAUGAAACAUUGCAUCCUUUUGGAAGGAGUUUAGAUAUUGAAAAUGUGGAAAGUCAUCAAUAUGAUCUCCAGAAUACCAAGAAGGGCGAGAAUUUGCUUAAACAGCUAUCUGUAACAAAUCCUUGGUUGUACGAUCACAUUACUAUAUAUGAUGAUCGUUGUUCAAAUUGCUGUUGGCCUACGGAUUUCAACAUUGAAAAUGUACCAUUCCGUCGUUUCUUAAAUGUGGUGUUUGCCAAACAUAUUUAUCCAGCAACGGGUGUUCAAUUCAUGGUUGGAUUAAUUUGUUUGUUGAACAAUGACACUCUUCUCAAAGCUUUACAUGAUGAUUGGCCACAUGUACGUGAAUUGGAUGUCACCCAGAAGUUUAGUUCUGUUGAUGAAAUACGUUUCAACAAAUUCCGUUAUCGAAGUAUGGCUGAAGUAGGCUACGAUGUGCUUCUUACACCGCCACUUUCUUACCUUUCAAGGUUUACUGGGUUAGGACAGGUGAAACCCAAACCUGGUGAUGUACGAUAG